UGUGUUACGGUACAGUUUAUGUAGUGUAAUUUAGUGUUUUGUGUAACACCAAAUAUCGAGCUUGCAAGUUUUUGGUAUUAUUAUGAUGAAUCUUCCUAUAAAUUUUGAGUAGAUCAUUGACGAAACUGAAUUGCCAGUUACUAAGUUAAUUAAAUCAUAAUUAUCACAUUUCAAGCUUAUAUAUCAGUGGCAAAAUGACACACCAUCGAAUUUCCGAUAAUGAUGUCUCCGAUUGCGAAUCAGACGUGCCCUCGUUUAUUGAGGCGAGACCGCCUCUUAUAAUGAAUCCAUUCAUGCGACCUAAACCUCAGAAAGGGACAAAUUUAAUGGACUUGUUUGAGAAAGAUUCCGAAUCCGACGAGCCUGAGCUAGUUCAAGUAUACUUGCGGUUAAAACCAUGCAAUGCUCCCAGCAAUCUGUAUGAAGUGAAGUCAGAUCACUGCUUGAUAACAUCUCUGGAUACCUCUACAGUAGGUCACGGUCGACGCACUCAGUACAAUGUGUCUAAGAUGUAUACAUUUUCACAUAUUUUCGGUCCUGAGGCCAAUCAAAUGGAAUUAUUUGAGAGAGUUGUUAAAGAUAAUUUGAAAAAGUUGCCAGAGGGUCAUAGCUUUACACUACUGACUUAUGGUGCGUCCGGUUCAGGCAAGACAUUCACACUUAUGGGGACAGUGAGCUCACCAGGGCUGGUGCCUCGGUCUCUGGAAUAUGUGUUUAGAGUUGUGGAUGCAGCCCUCAGACCUGUGUACAAACCUGCUGACAAUGGUGCUGAAAAACUUAGCUACGCUUCUCAGGAGCAUGAGCUACAGUUUGUGAAGCAGCUUCGUCAGGUGUCUGCGCCGCUGCGAGAGAGGUACCGGCGUAUGAGCACCAAGUUGCACAGUGAUUUUGCAGCCAGCAACCUUGACUUGGCCAACAGGAUCAAGUAUUAUGUCUGGGUAUCUUUUGUGGAGAUCUACAACGAGGGGAUCUAUGAUUUGCUGUCCAACAAUGACCGAAGCUCUGCCUCUAAACUUGUUAUUCGUGAAGACUCCAAUGGGAAUGUGUAUGUAAAGGGCGCGACGCAGGUGUUCGUGAAGACGGGCGAGGAGGCGUACGACGUGAUGGUGGCGGGCAAACACAACCUGCAGGUGGCCGCCACCGGCGUCAACGCGCGCUCCUCACGCUCACACUGCAUUUUCACCAUCACCAUGCUCACCGAGACCGAGGCGGGUUGUCGCGUGUCGAGCGUGCGACUGUGCGACCUGGCGGGCUGUGAGCGCGCACGACGCACGCGCAACGCGGGCGCGCGGCUGGCGGAGUCUCGCGCCAUCAACACCUCGCUGCACGUGCUGGAGCGCUGCCUGCGCACGCUGCGCCAGCGCCAGCGACAGCGCGCGCGUACUGACGCCCUCCCCCCUCUACCCCCCUACCGUGAGUCAAAGCUGACACGUCUGCUGGGCGCGGGUCUGUCGGGUGCUCGCGGGGAGGCGGUGAGCGUGGUGGUGACGGUCAAUCCGGUGGCCGAGUGCGCGCUGGAGACCCGCCACGUGCUGCAACUCGCCGCAGUCGCCAAGGACAUACAGGUGAACAACACGGUGUCGGAGUACUCUGCGCUGGAGGCGAGCUCUCAGGACACGAUGCUGUCGCAGUCCUCGUCGGCCUCCAGCUCGGAGCUGCAGCGUCUGCGAGCCGAGAACGAGAGGCUGCACUUUGAGCUGCUGCAAGCUCAGGAGUACAGCAAGGAGCUGACGAUGUCGAUGGAGGAGCAGCGGGCGCGCAACGCCACCAACAUGAAGGCGAUAUUCAGCGAGGGUCAGGACAUCACGCGACAGCACUACGAGACGCUCAUGCGCGCCGUGAGACAGGAGAUGGAGGAAAUGAAAGAGGCGUCACGACUCCUCAAUAACGAGAUAUUCGACUUGAUGAGAGAGAAGGAUUAUCUUGAGGCAAAGCUGGCAGCAGAAGUGUCAGCGCGCGAGGGUGUGGAGCAGGAAGUGUGCAAGUUGAGGGCAUAUAUUGAACAGAUGGAAGAAAAAGCUGCCAGUGGCGCGAAGAAUAAGUACGAAGAAGUUAUAUCCCUGACUGAAAGUGAGGACGAUAGCGAAGAGGAGGAUCCGUGUAGCGAAAGCCUCGAGCCUGUCGUUAGAAAGGAAACAUCUAGAUUGCUGAGACAGAGUCUGGCGUCUCUCAGCAAAAUGCUGAAUGAAAGCGUCAGCGUCGAAAUUGCUGCCAAUGCAACCUGUGACACACAGACCAGUGAGGUUGACGAAGAAGUGACGAACAAUUCUCAAGAUAUUGAAAAAAGUUCUGACGAAAAUGUAAAAUCUUUUGGAUCUAUAGAUAGAGGAACAUAUUUCGUUAGUGAGCCUGAGAUACUGCUCAGCAGUAGCAAAACUGUUGAAGAAAAAUACAAUCUACGUGUACGUGAAACUUAUUUUGUAAGGAAAUCACAAGUUGAGAGUAAAUCUGAUGAAUCUUCCGAACAAGAGCAGGAAAAUGACAAAGAUGAGAGUGAGACAGAAAUUGACAAAGAAACUGAUUUAAAUGAAGAGAAGGGAAACGUCGAGUUGACUUCGCCGAUGUGUGAUAGCCCAGAAAAAUUGGAAGAAAAUUUAAACUCGAACAAAUCUUACAACUUUACAAUGAACAACAAAGUAAAUAUCAGCAAAGAUGAGGUAGAGAGUAACCAAGGAGUUAACCAAGUGUUGGAAGGAAAGAAUGAUAAAAUUGUGCCUUUGACAAAGUGUGAUAGUUUGGAAAAUUCAGUAGAUGGUAGUAAUUUCGAUAAAUCACUGCAGCCCGAGAAAGAAACCAUAAACAAUAUUGAGAACGAAAUUGAAACAGAAACUCAAAUUGAAAUAAAUGACGAAAAAGCUGCAGCAAAUGUACCAAUUCAGACAAAUAGCUUGGUGAAUAAAUUAUUUAAAAAAUUAAAAUCAAACUCUGGAGAAUAUAGCUCCAAUAAUUCUUUAGCCCAGUUUGAACAGUUAGAAAUGGAAGCAAAUGAUUUAAGCUCUGAUCUUAAACGAAAUACUUUUGACGCUCUUUCAAAUAUUAAUAUAUUCAAGGAGAAGAAAAAAUUUUUUGACGUAACAAUACCCGAAAAACCUGAAAACGUAAACUGUGAGGAUUCUUAUGAUGAAAAUAAAGCUUCAACUGACGAUUUAAAUGUAGUUGAUACUGAAAAACAUGACAAAUUAUUGCACAUAAAAAAUAUGCAUAAUUUAAAAAAUGACGAAUUUAGAUCUCCGUCAAUUGUAAAAGACGACUGCGUAGCUAACUUUGAACCUAGUACAAUAAAAAAGCUUUUAGGAGAAAGUUUUACGCGACAGCUUGAUUCAGUGACCACUUUCAAGGCUAAAAAUUUUAACAAAACACACGAUUCCGUCGAUCCCUUCGAUGAUUUGGAUUCACCACAAAAAGCUGUUGAAACUAUGGAGAAAUCAUUCAAUGAUAUGAAUUUAUCCAAAACUAACGAAUGUGACUUAAAAUCAAAACUAGCACUGGAGGAUUCAAAUAUUAAAAAACCUUUAACAGAAGAAAUUUCUAUAGUCGCCAAAGCUAGCGAUUCAGUUGUGAUCGAGAAGGAAACUAAAGUAGAUAACACAUUAGAAGCCUUCGAAAAUAUCUACAAAGAUAUUUCUCAACCGAGAGCGACUGAUUUUGAUCUAUUGGUAGCUCAGGAAGAAAGCUCUUGUAACAAAGAAGAAGUCACCAGUAAUACACAGGAAGUAACGCAGGAAGCGAAAGCUAAAUACAAUCUGAGGAAAAAACUAACAGAUGAUUCCGAUAAAACAAACGAAAUAGUCACAAGAGCGAAGCGAAAUUUGAGACUACGACGUCACAAGAAGCAAAUGGACGAGGCUGCGGAACAGGAGGAGGGUGACAAGCUGAAGGACAUCAUCAACCUGCAGUUGCAGUUCUCCGACGUGACGCUGGGCAAGCCCGCGCCCGAGCCCCCGGCGCGCCCCGCCUCACCCGAACCCAAGGGGGAGGAGAACCUGCCCCCCCUCAGCAUACAGAGCUGCCCCUCCAAGAGUGUGACUCGAAGCAGAAGGAAAUUGUUCACGCCCCGCGCGGAGCCGCUGGAGGACGAGUCGGGGCUGUGCGGCGACAGCGGGGAGCGCCUGCGAGUGCCUCGCCCCUCAUACCAUAGACCAAGAGCACGCCGCAAGCUUUAAUUCAUUUAUGCAACUUUUAUAAUAAAUAUCUAUUAAAUUUUAUCUUUGUAAACUUACAUACAAAAAAAAACUUAGAUACAAAUACUCAUGGACGAUAAUUA